CAAGGAGGAGCUUGUGGAAGUUUGAAUAAAAGCAAAGUGAUCAUUUAAACGUCUCACAGUGCAAACAUAAUGAUUCCUUCUGCUCUUCUUCUGCUACUGUUCAUAAAAAGUGACACACUGGCACAGUCAAUAACACCACAGGGAAACAAGACACUUGCAGCUGUGGGGCAAAAUGUCACUCUGUCCUGCGAAUAUGAAGGAGCUAUAACUAACCUGCACUGGUAUCGCCAAUAUCCCAGAUCCAAACCAGAGUUCCUGGCUUGGAUUUACCCACAAGGUGCCACAAGUAACCCACUUCCUCCUCGUAUUAUACCAAAAGUGGACAAAAAUCUUGUGAGUCUGGAGAUCUCUGAUGCUGAAGUAACAGAUUCUGCACUGUACUACUGCGCACUGACGCCCACAAUGACAGGAAACUCAACUACAGUGUACAAAAACCUGAACAAUAAAACAUCUGCUCUUUCUGGAAACGUCAUCACACCAGACAAAACAGAGCUUUUUGCUGAGGAGGGUUCAAAUGUUACAUUGUCCUGUAGUUAUUCCUCUGCAGAUGAUCUAUACUGGUACCGUCAAUAUCCCGGUUCAGCUCCUGAAUUUAUUGAGCUCAUCUUUGAUGGUGCAACAAACACCAAAAAGUCUGAAAAUAAAACACUCCUGCAGUGGGAGGAGCAGAUUCACACUGAUGUUGACAGUGCCAGAUGA